AUACCAGUAACAGGUGCGCCUCAUCAGAAGCCAGGUAGAACAGAAAACCUAUUGGAUUAUAGCGGUGUUGGAGACCCCUGCUGUAAUGAUUCUUGUUUCCUAUAAGGCUAUUUGGACAGUUUUAUAUCUGUUACUUACAAUUUUCAUUGUUUAUGCACGUAUUCAGAGUGUUCGUGUUUUUGAAAAACGCUGAUUAUACUGGCUCCUAGUAUAAUUUUAGUUCUGUACCUACUCAGUCGUGCAGUGAGGCAUAUAACUCAUAUCGUGCCAAUAAUUGCCAUACUUUCGCAUGAGUGGUAUUACAACAGCGAACUUGUGAUCCCUCGGUGGGGCGCAAAAUGAAUGACGUCACUUUUUCUUGGACUAUUCAUGACUUUCAUUGGUUGGUAGUAACUAGGGCGGUACCGCACGUGCUCCCGUGUUGCAGAAAACUGAGGCGUGCGUUAAAAAUAUAAACUCGCUAUCUCAUUUAGCAGUAGAAUUUGAUCUCUUACCCAUAGAGUUGUGUUGAUAAACUUCGAAUAAUUAUUUGCAGCAGUUAUAUUUAUCAUAGAGCAAAGACGCAUGGUAGGGUUGCUAAGCGUACUUUGACCAAUCAGAAAGACCGUACCUGCGUGGGGCGUCCAGACUGCCUGAGCCGAGGGCAACGAAAACAAACAUGUCAACAGUUUGGCUAAGAAUGCCCGGAUAGACUGUUCAUUUUCUUAAAAAGAAAAUAAAUCCACUCAGCUGGAAAUGUUAGUUUAUUUAUGAAGUGUUUGAACAUCGGCACCGGAAGCAACUGCAAUGAAAUUAGCAUGGCGGGGGUCAGCACAACCAAGACGUCAUGGCGAUUGCAGGAGAUUGUGGCACAUUCCAGCAACGUGUCCUCGCUGGCUCUGGGAAAAACGUCUGGCAGGCUGCUGGCCACGGGUGGGGAAGACUGUCGGGUGAACAUCUGGGCGGUCAGCAAGCCCAACUGUAUAAUGAGUCUGAAGGGACACACCAGCCCGGUGGAGUGCAUGCAGUUCAGCAGUUCGGAGGAGCAGGUGGUUGCGGGGUCACAGUCUGGGUCACUGCGUGUCUGGGACCUGGAGGCAGCCAAAAUACUUCGUACUCUGAUGGGACACAAGGCGAACAUUUGCAGUCUCGAUUUCCAUCCUUUUGGGGAAUAUCUAGCCUCAGGCUCCAUGGACACAAAUAUCAAGCUGUGGGAUGUUAGAAGAAAAGGGUGUGUCUUUAGAUAUAAGGGUCAUACGCAGGCAGUCCGGUGUCUGUCCUUCAGCCCCGAUGGGAAGUGGCUCGUGUCCUCCAGUGACGACUCCACAGUGAAGUUGUGGGACUUGACCGCUGGGAAGAUGAUCACGGAAUUUACCGCUCAUACUGGUGCAGUGAACAUCGUCCAGUUUCAUCCCAAUGAGUACCUUCUGGCAUCCGGCAGCUCUGACAGGACCAUCAAGCUGUGGGAUCUGGAGAAGUUUAAGAUGAUCGGCUCCUCUGAAGGAGAGACGGGAGCAGUGAGGUGCAUCUCAUUCCACCCGGACGGAUGCUGCCUGUACAGCGGCGCUCAGGACGCCCUGCGGGUUUAUGGCUGGGAGCCCGAUCGCUGCUUUGACGUGGUGCCUGUCGCUUGGGGCAAGGUGGCUGAUCUGGCCAUAUGCAGCAACCAGCUGAUUGGAGUCUCAUAUCACUUAACAAAUGUCUCCUCGUACGUUGUGGACCUGAACCGUGUGAAGAAGUCCGGCUCAGUGAUCCAGGGGGUGAUCCAGGAUGACAAGCCUCUCGCAGACCCUACGCCCAAGGGCACCACCAUCCGCCGCAACUACCAGCGUCCACUGACAACUUGUAGCAAACAGAGAGUGAAGCAGAAUCCGGACACGGACCGACGAAGUCCUGAGGGCGAGAGGCGUAGCCCCAGCAGCGAGGAGGAGAAGGAGGAGAAAGAGUCUACUGCAGAGAUUCGCAAUGCAGAAGAUUACAAGGAGAUCUUUCAGCCGAAGAUGGCCAUCUCCCGCACACCCCCAAGGACAACGGAGCCAUUUCCAGCACCCCCUGAAGAUGAGAGUUUCCUGGUGAGGCCCAGCCCAGUGAUGGAGACGACCCCAGUGCCUGACAAACUGAUGCCUGGUCACCUGAAGAUCAUCCCUAUCGCCUCAUCCACACCCGCCGUCAGAGAGCCCACCAUAGUCACAGCCGCUGGCCACCCUCAGCCCGUGCUCCCCCGGCCCCCUGCAGUACAGCACGCUGCCCGCCCACCACAACCCAAAUCUGAACCGACGGUCAUCCUGUCCUCCAGAAACGAGCCCAUUGGGCUCAACGUGGGCGACUUCCUCCAGGUGGCGAAGAACAACAAAGUGUCUGUGCUGAGUGAUGAGGACGCGCUGUCCCAGAUCCGCAAGGGCCACGACACCAUGUGUGUCAUGCUCACCAGCCGGCACAAGAACCUAGAAUCCGUCAGGACGGUUUGGAGCAGCGGAGACGUCAAGACUUCCCUAGAUUCAGCUGUCUCAAUUAAUGACCUGUCCAUUGUUGUCGACAUCCUCAACAUCCUCAACCUCAAACCGUCACUGUGGAAACUGGACCUGUGCACCUCUAUCCUCCCCCAAAUAGAAGAGCUGCUGCAAAGUAAAUAUGAGAGUUAUGUCCAGACUGGAUGCACUUCUUUAAAGCUCAUCUUGAAACGCUUCUGGCCUCUGAUCUCAGACACGCUAACAGCGCCCCCUUCUGUUGGAGUGGAUAUAUCGCGUGAAGAAAGACACCAAAAAUGCAAAGCCUGCUACAAACUGCUGAAGAACCUCAGCAACGUUGUGAAGAACAAGGCCAGUCAGGUUGGUCGACAUGGAAGUGCCUUCAAAGAACUACAUCUUCUCAUGGCUCCUCUGGACAACUGAUAGAAGGGUCAUGAAGGAACCCCCCCCCCCCCUGGUGUGCUGCCCGCACCUCUGUGCACCACGGCACCGGACGCUGUCCACAUCUCCCCAUGUGGAAUCGUUCAUCUGAACAUCGCGACUAAAUCACUUGUUGCUACCAGCUGGUAUAUCAUCUUAAUAUAAUUCUGCGAGCUGUAAAGGUUUUAACUGAUUUUUUUUUUUUUUUUACUUUUUUGAAACAAGCCACACUGUAGAAAGUUGUCAGUCAAAAAGUUUUACAAUAAAUAAACUUUGAAAACUU